AUGUCAAAUUAGAAUUUUACUCAUAUUCGAUUUUAAAAAAAAGGUCUUGCAAGUAUGAAUUUUUAAAAAUUGUAAAAGUAUAUAUUGCUAUAAACUAUUUCAUCUUCAGAAAUUGGAUUGGCUUCAAAAAGGUACAUUGAAACUUUUUUUAAUAGUUUAUCAACAAUGAAUUAAAAGACUUAUAAGAAUGUUUAUGUUGAUGUAGCAAAUACCUUCUUAGUUCUUUUUAUGAAAAAGAAUAACAUAUGA